AUGGGUGAUACAGGAGGUGGUGUUUAUAGCGAUGACUUUAUUUAUUUAACAUUAACUAAAGAGAAUGCUGAAACAGUUGUUGUCAACUCUAAGACUAAAGUCAUUCAAAGCACCCAAAGUGUUAAUGCAUUCCAGAAGUGCAAAAACACUCUCACAACACUCAGUUUUGGUCCAAAUCCUUCACUCGAAACGAUCCAAGAUUAUUCAUUUUUCCAAUGCAAAUUUCUCAAUAACGUCGAUCUCUCUGUAUGCACGAAACUUAUUACAAUCGGAAUAUCCGUAUUUUCAGGUUGUUCAUCAUUGACCUCAAUAAAAUUACCAAAUUCAGUCACAACUCUUGGCGACAGUAUCUUUCAUAGCACCAAUAUCGAAAACUUUGAUUUACCAGCAUCUGUUACUGUAUUACCAUAUCAAUGUUUUACAUAUUGUAAAAAUUUAAAAUCAGUAAAUAUUCCACAAGACUCAAAUCUCACAGAAUUAAAAAAAUGGAUUAUAAGACGAUCAUCACUGAAAACAUUUCGUAUUCCAGCAAAGGUUCAUACACUAAUCGAUGCUGUGUUUGAAGAUUCAUCGAUUGAAACAAUUAUUGUUAGCAGCGAAAAUCCAAAUUACAAAAUUGACAAUAAUUUAUUGAUAGAUAAAAGGAACAUGUAUAUCUACUGCUGUCCUGCAAAAUCUACCGGAAAUAUAGUUAUUCCAAACGGUGUCAAAGGCACAUAUGGAUCCUCAUUUAGAUUUUGCACUAUUGAUUCGGUUGAAUUUCCAUCAACACUUUGGGCUAUUUUUCCUUAUUCUUUUGCAGGAUCCACACUUAAAUCAGUGUAUAUACCAGAUACUAUCUCAUAUAUUGGUGAUUAUGCGUUUGAAAACUGUGGGAAGCUAAAUUCGAUUCGAUUACCAAGCAAUAUAAAUUCAAUUUCAUCAUAUUGCUUCUAUGGAACAAACAUUAGUCACAUUGAUAUUCCAAGUAAUAUAAAAACAUUAAAUACUGGAUGUUUUCUGAAUUGUCCUAAUUUAAGGGAUGUUGAGUUGCCAGAUGGCAUCGAAAAACUAGAUGGAAAAAUAUUUGAUGAUGGAACAAAUAUUCACUUCAGUCCGAAUUCUCGAUUUUAUAUCGAUAGUCAAUACUUGAUUCUUGAUAAAGAAAACACGACAGUCACCCAAUAUUUAGGAUCUAAUACUAAUGUCAAUAUCAACAUUCCACCAACAAUCACAACGAUCGGAUCUGAUGCAUUCAAAGGCAAGAAUCUUAUUUCUUCAUUUGUUUUCACAUAUGAUUCUGCUCUCACUCAAAUCAACAGUGGUGCAUUCAGUGAUUGCAGAAGUGCAACAUUUGUUAAUCUUCCAAAUACAAUCUCAUCCAUUGGUGAAAAGUCAUUCCUCAAUUGCAACCAACUCCAAAGUUUAGUUUUCACAUCAUCAUUAAAGACGCUUUCCUCUUCUAGUUUCAGUGGCUGCAAAUUUUUGAGAGAAGUCCACAUUGAAGAUUCUAAAAUAACAUCUCUCCCAGACUCAUGCUUCAUGAACUGCAAUUCAUUGUCAUCAAUUAUAAUCCCUAACACAGUUACAGAGAUCAACUCAUUAUGCUUCUAUUUAUGCACAUCUCUCUCUAAAGUCGAGUUUGGAACAUCAGUUAAAUCGAUUGGCCAGAGCAGCUUCCAACAAUGCAAUCUCGCAAAGGUUGACAUGCAUAUGUGCAAAUCGCUUAUCAACAUUAGUGACUAUGCUUUCUAUAACAACACUAAUCUCGACAUUGUCGUUCUCCCAGAUAACAUCGAACGAUUCGGUGCAUACUCAUUCUCUCGGACAUCACUCACUAACAUGACUAUUCCAACACAUCUUGUUAAUCUUGGUCCAUAUUCAUUCAGUGAAUGUCACCAACUGGAAAGUCUUACCAUCCCAUCCGACAGUUCACUCACCACUAGCGGCAUCGGCAUUGGUUCUUUCAAGAACUGUUUCCGGAUCAGCAGCAUCUCAUGCGAAAGUGAACGAUUCAGUAUUUUCAGUGGUGCACUAUUUAACAAACAACAGACAUCUCUCAUCUUGUUCCCUCCUGCAUCAUCCAUUUCUUUCUUUUCUCUCCCUCCGACGACACAGAUCAUCAGUGAAGGUGCAUUCAUGUCAUGCUUCAACCUCGUUUCAAUAUUCAUUCCAAGCAACAGUCUUUCUCUGAUUUCUAACAACGCGUUUGAAGGGUGUUCAUCUCUGUCAUGGAUCAACAUCCCAAUCUGUGUUUCGGAUAUUGGCGAAGAUGCAUUUAUCGGCUGCACAAGUCUUCGUUGUGGACUUGAGAUUGAAAACAAGAACAGAGAAUUUCUUAAGAACAUUGUUGAUGUAUCCAAACUUGAUCCACAAUGUCUUCAUGAUUGUGCAAGUGUUUUCACAUGCAAAGAAAACAUUCAUCAUGUUGAUAUUGGAUUAAUUCAACCAUUCAUUGUCAUGCUCGUAUAA